CCGGCUUUGGAAGGCGGGCGCGUAGGGUUAAGAAUGAGACCUGUGUAGCUAAUCGUCUACUGACGCCUCCCUCGGGAUGAACCCAGAGCUUUCUCUCAAGACUCAGCUCCCUCAGCCCAGGUGCUGUCCACUUCUCAACUGUCACUACUUCAUCCAUCCUUGGAUUUCCCUAAACCUGUCUCCGUGAGGCGACAGCCACUAGAAACAGUUCCAGGAAAGCCUUACGACCUGAAACUACAACUUCCAGAAUCCUUUGCGCGCGGCUAAGGGGCUGGGAUUCCGGAGCCGUCUCCCACUAAGAGAUGGCUGAGUCCUCGGGGUCACCGCACCGCUUAUUGUACAAACAGGUGGGCUCGCCGCCCUGGAAAGAAGUUUUCAGGCAGGGAUGUCUCGAGAGAAUGAGAAACAGCCGGCACAGGCUCCUGAGCAAGUACCGCCAGGCUGCAGGUGGCAACCCAGGGAGAGCCUCGGACAAAUUUCUUGUGCAAGAAGUGAUGGAGGAAGAGUGGCAUUCUUUGCAGUUGGUAGAGAAUUGUCCGGAGGCCUUGGUUCAGUUGGGAUUGCCAGAGGACCUAGCCGUGCUGCAGGACAUCGAACAGGAGCUGUGUGAUGAAGAAAAGUCCAUCAUAAGCGAGUAUGAGAAGAGUUUACAGUUUGAUGAAAAUUGUCUCAACACCAUGUUGGCUGAGUGGGAAGCAAACCCCCUCAUCUGUCCUGUGUGUAUAAAGUACAACCUGAGAAUCAUGAACAGUGUGGUCACGUGUCCGUGUGGCCUGCACAUCCCACUUCACAGGGGUCAGGGCGUCACGGCAGAAGUGUGGCAGAGCGGCUCCAUGGAGGUGAAAAGCAGGACUCCUCAGCAUUUUGGCUAAUAGGACACAAGACCUGUUCCUAGUAGACCAUGUCCACCAGAUAAACUUCCUGUGCUUUGCCUGAAUGUAUGUGCACCACAUCUGUGUCUGGAACCCUGGAAGUAAGAAGAGGGUGUUGGAUCCCCUGUAACUGGAAUCACACAUGGUUGUGAGCUGCCAUGUGGAUACUGUCAGCCCAGGUCCUCUAGAAGAUCAGCAAGUGCUUUUAACCACUGAUCCAUCUCUCCAGAUCCCCUUUUUUGAGGCAGAGUCUAAUAGUAGCCCAGGCUGGACUCAAAUUCAAUUGUAGCUCAACUUCUGAUCCUUCUGACGUCACCUUCCAUUUGGUCUUUCUACUGGGAAUGAAGUACAGUGCCUCAUGCUUGCUAGGCAAGCCCUCUACCACCUGAGCUACAUCCCCAGCCCAACAGUCUAAGGCUCCGAAGAAUCAAACUGUCUUGAUUGGUGAUUUAGGUUUUCAACCUGUUGGUUUUUCAGUAUUUAAGAUUAGUUCCAGAUGACUGAGGUUCAAUCCCAGUACCCACAUGGGCAGCUCACAGCUAUCUGUAACUCUAGGAUCCACCAUCCUCACACAGAUACCUACAGGCAAAACACCAAUAAAAAAAAAUUAAAAAAAAGAUUAGUUGUGGUUGAACUUUCUAGUUUCCAGAGCUGACGGAGCAGAAGCUGCGGGACUGUUUGGAGGAUCAUGUAAACGAGCACAGUGCACACUGUCCCCACACGCCCGAAUUUUCAGUCACCGGUGGACCAGAAGAAAAGCCCAGCCUUCUGAUGAGCUG